AAGGCGCGUUGGGGGCCGCGGCGAUGGGGCGACGGGGCGACGGGGCCACCGGCCGCCCUCUGGGUGUCAAUAUAAAGUGACGGCCAUAUUUGCCGGUGCCGCUCCGCUGUAAACAAAAAGUGUCUGAGGGAGACAGAGACGCUUCACUGAAUUUCGGGACAUUUUUAUUUGUUUAAUUUAUCAUGUCUCUGGGAAUGUCUUACAAACCCAACCUCCACCAGCACAUUCCGGGAACUUCCGUGAAUCAGGUUGGAAAUGUCCAUUCUCCUUCUACAAGCUUAGCUACGCUGCAGUCGUACAGGCCGAUACUGAAUGACUAUGGACCUCCAUCUCUGGGCUUCUCACAGGGGACUAGUGGAACCCAAGUGCCUCAGAACAAGUAUGCAGAACUCCUAGCCAUCAUCGAAGAACUUGGAAAGGAGAUCAGACCAACUUAUGCUGGAAGUAAAAGUGCUAUGGAAAGAUUAAAGAGAGGUAUCAUCCAUGCCAGAGGGCUGGUGCGUGAGUGCUUGGCAGAAACUGAGAGGAACGCCAGAUCCUAACUGCUGGUUCCACUCCAUCCAGCUGAAGGCUGAUUACUUCAGGCACCCUUCCCUUUAACAAUUCAUGAAAUGGAACGCUGCUUUCCGAAAAAUGUAAUAAUAAAAAAUAAGAAAAUAUGUUGACUUGUUUGACCUGGGUAAUAGAGACACUAAAAAGACAUUAUAUGAGAGAUGCUUCACGAGAACCUUCAGGUUUUAUGUGUUCCCAUUUGGGAAUUUCUCAACUGCUUGUGCAAAUAAAAAAAAACAAAUGCAUGUUAGGUAGUUAUGUCCCAAUUAAUUAUAGAAACUGCAUGGCUUUUACAAGAUAUGACCGUAGUGUGGGACUUGUAAUGAUGGAUCUGGAUCUUUUUAACACACUAAUGUAGGUAAAUUACAAAAAUUAUAGUGCCAAACCCACUGUACCAUGCAUCAAGAUUUAGAUAAAUUGUUGUAAUAAAACAAUUAUUUGCAUCUUUGUAUGUAUUUAUUACUCAGUGUAAUAAAACUUAUUUUCAUUAAAGUAAUGGUAAUGAAAUUUUUUCCAGAAUGAUAAAACUUACUUUCCCACAUAAGAGGCAGUGUUUAUAUGUAAAACAGGAUAUGAAUUUAACAUAAACCAAGCCAACACUGGUAAUCUUUGAUGACAAAUUUGUGAAACAGCAAGUUAAACACACACACAGACACACAGUCUGAAACCGCUUGUCCCAAGCGGGGUGGCG